AUGAACGUGGGUGGCGCCGGAGGUACGCCUUUGGCUGGAUUCACGCAUGCUCAACUUCAGGUAUUUUUAUUUUUGAGAAAUGAAAACGAUAACAAGAUUCCGAAAAAAAAACACUUCUUUCAAAAUCGAGACAAAAUUUUUUCCACUAUUUUUCUUAAUGCGUCAAAUUUUCGGCAAAAAAAAUAUAAUCCCUUUUCUUUGAAUUUAUCAGGUUAAGUAUGAGCAAUUGAUGAUGUAUGUUCAAAUAUUCUAUAUCAAAGAGUGUCUAAAAAAAGAAAUCAAAAAUUUUUUUUUCGUAAAAAUAGUUCAAAAAGUUCUUUCGUGCUAGGAAAAAAAGCUCGAAAACCUCAUGAAAAAAUUUUACGCUGUUCUUUUUAAACGCAAAAAUUUUUUUUCAAGUAAUGUGCUGCAAUUUUAGGAAUUAUUGAAAUUUCCAGUAAGAUAAAUAAAACCAAAUAAUUUGUGUUUAUUUCCACGCAAAAACUCUAGCCUAGUUUCUACCCAUAUGAAGAAAGAAAGUUGAACUUUGGUACUGUUGAUUUGGUUUCUUUCUUAGACUGUUAUCGCAAAAUGUUAAUCUUUCCGACGCCUAAAGCAAUUAAAGGCGUCUGAUUUGAGACACGGUUAUGAGAUAAGAACACGUCGACGAAAGAUGUCAUUUUUUUUUUUGGCGCGUAAGAUGAUAAUCGCGUCGGGGUGAACAAAACCAAACCAGCGGUGCAGCAGAAUUCCUUAUCGAGUUGUAGUCGACGAAACAUUUAUCGAUCGGUCCAGCCGGGGCCUUAUCAUAAAUAGGCGUUGCGGGAAUGGCAAACAUUGCCACGACAGUUGCAUUUCGGGGUCAGCAACGGGAUUGGAUUGCAGCAGCUCGCCAGUCAGUUAGGAGGCAAUCCGCAGCUCGCCAACCUCGCUGUCAACGGACUCCAGCCGACUUUGACGCCGCAGCCGCAGCCGCCGACUCAGACGACUUCGGCCAUGCCGUCCGCCGUCACCACUCCAGCCGUCCAGCAGACCGUCGUCGCGCCUGUCAGUUCCUCUUUUCUUACAAAAUCACUUUUUAGGUCAAUCAAACCGUGGAAGAUCUUCGAAUCAUUCGGAGUUCACAGUUGCCUUUAAAAAGGAUUUUUGACUUCCGUUCUUGCAAAGAGUUCAAAGAGUGCCAACUUUUUUUUUUUGUUCUUGAGCUUCCAAAUUCAACUUAAAAUUUAAAAAAGCUAUUUUUUUCAUAAUGUAUUCGAAACUUGCCGGCUAAAAUAUCUUCAGAACAAGAAACAUAAAAUUAGACCAAUUGUAAAAUGCAUUUUGAAAAUAGUAAUUUUUUUCAAGCCUUUCGAAGAACGCAAUAAGCGGAGUUAUUUUUACAUCUGAUAAGGAAUUUGAAAAUUUUUUCGAGAUCUUCUAGUUUGCAAUAUUGGUUAUUCAAAAUUUCUUUUUUUUUCAGUAUCGCAGAAACUGCGGUUUUCUAAAAACCAUCGAAUCAACCUUACUCAAGUUUUUUUUUUAAAGCAGCUGCUUUUUUCCGAUUGCGCGCAGGUGCGAGUGGCAUUCCAAAAAAACGAAAGACAAAAUGGCUACAGAAUUUAUUUAAAGAACUCUCAGAAGAUUUAGUUUCUCACUUUUUUGCUCUCACUUAUCCAACUGAACUUAAUUUGCAGCGAAUAACAAAGAUAAUGAGUAUCGUACAUCCGUGAACUAUUUAUUUCCGCCUCUUGAUACUCUUAUUAUAGUUGUAUAGCAGCUCUUCGGGAAACGUUUCAAUUAAUCUGUUGACUCCGACCGUGCACUCUUACUAAUUAGCAGAAUCAGCAAUUAACUUCCUAUAAUCCGGUCGUUGUCUGGGGCAUAUGGGCGGUCCUUACUGCUUAUGGUAGGCAUCGAAAACCAGCGCAGAUAGCUUGGAUCAUUUAUAUGCGAGCUCUUGUUGCAAUCCUAACGGGUUGAGUUUCAGAACGCAGCCAUGGCUCAUGCCCAGCCAGUUCCAUCUCUUCCGUGGCCACUUCUCAAUCCGGUCAUCAACGUGCCGCACUUCGAUGUAGUCACCUACCGUAAUGUGAACAUGGAAGCCCAGCCAAGUCACGAUCCUUCUGGCAUGGAUCUCCCUUUGACCGACAUCACCACCAUCAGGUAUUCAUACCUGCUUUACCACAAUUUUCGUAUUUGCCCAGGUUUUUCUUCAACCUUGGAGUCCAGCAGGCCAGAAACAUGGCUGCUCAUAGAUUUCCUGAACCGUUGAAUCCUCUUGCUGCACCUCAAAACCAGCUACUCAGCAUUGUAAAGAUCGAAAAAUUUACCAAUAAAAUUUCUUCUAUUAAGGCCUACGCUGGCGGAGCUCAAAACUACGAUCAGCUAACGCAGAUUCUUAACACCCAAGCUAUGAUACGGUUUGAUAAAUUUUCUGGAAUUCUGUAGAUUUUUCCUAAUUAAGGCAAGCUCAAGUUCAAGCUCAGGCUCAAGCAGUUCAAGCUCAUGCUGCUGCAGCAGCUACACAACAACAAGCUCAACAAGCUCAGCAAGCUCAAGCCCAGCAGGCCCAAGUGGCUCACCAACAACAUCUGAACCGUCUGGCGGUUGCUCAGCAGCAUCAGCAUAUGCAACAGGCCAUCGCACAGCAACGUCAAGCAGCCGAACAACAGGCUCAUCAACAGGCUCAUCAACAGGCUCAACAGCAAGCUCAGCAGCAGGCCAACGCCGCUCAACAGGCGCAACAAGCACACCACGCCAACCCUCUCGGAAUCGCUAGGUUGCCUGGCCAUCCUGAUUUCGCUGCUUUUGCGGCUUCGAACGCUCUUGCUGUCACUUCCGCUGCUGUCAACCAGGUUUGAACCGUCCAAGAAAACAUGAAAAAUCUUACUGAAUGCUUGAUUGGAUACGUUUGGCUUCUUGAGAAACCUGAUUGAAAUCACCAAUUUGAAGUUUUCCAGCUUGUUGGAGGAAAUCACGGUGUCGGUGCUUCGUCAUCAGCCUCUCAAGUUGUUCCAGGAGGACCAGGAAAACCUGGCCCUAACUAUGAAGAUCAAGCUAUGCUCUUGCAAAGAGCUCUGCUCAACGCUACUGUUGCCAAUAGUUAGUAAUCUCCUCAAUGUCUAGCUCAUCUUUGAUUCAGCUCAAGCCAAUGCAAAGCCGAGCUUGUAUGAGAUCCGCCUUCAAGCUUUGGCUACGCAGCAACAGCAACAGCAGCAGCCUCAGGCUCCUAAUCCAAACGGCUCUCGCACAAUGAAUAUUCAUCCUUACUUGCGACCUGCCGAGGUAAUAUAAACUUUAUUAGCUUCAAAGAAAUAACCAAUUUUCGAUUACUUUUAGAGGCAGGUUGGCAAAGAUAGGGUAGACGGUUGAAUGAAUAAUAACAUUCCAAAACAAGUUUUUUCGCUCAUUAUUUUUGCACUGCGGUUUUAAUACGCAUUAUAAGUCUGCCAACCUGUCUUCAUUUUUUCCUUUCUGGUCGAGAAACGUUGACAAUAUUAAUCACUUUAUUCAGAACUUGAAGCCGCCCGCAGCGAAUGGAGAUGCUCCUGUUUCUCCUCGUGCUCCAAUCGUUAUGUCGACUAGUCCGGUACCAGCACCAUCCGGUGGCGAAGGUCCUAGACUUCAAGCUGCUGAUCAGCCGUCUACUUCGUCCAGCAACGAAGAAGAGCAGCGUGCCGUCCCAGAGAUCGCAAUUGAUGCCAAUUCUGCCAUCGUUCCUGUGGCUGCCGCUGGACCUUCGUCUAGCCAAGCUGUAUCAUCUUCGGUCAACAGCGGGAUCCCUUCUCUCUUUCAAAUGUCAGAAGACCAUUUCACCGAAACGUUCCUCAAAAAAGCCAUGAAGUUCGUUGAAUAAUACAAUGAAUUAGCAAAAAAAAAAUAAUUAGUUCCAGACGCCAAGAGGGUGAACCCGCCAAGCAGGCCUCGCCCAAGCCUCGUGAGCCUGAAAAAGAGGAAGAUGACAGCGAGGACGACAAACCAGCGGUAAAACAAAAGAAUAAAAUUUUCGGAAAGAAAUUUUGGAUUCUCAGUUGGCUCCAAUUCUUAUGAUGUCCUACUUGCGCACCUGCAUCGGUAACGCCAAAACUCAACUGAACGCCAGUGGUGUUCAAGUCGGAGUUGACGACAAUGGCAUGCUGGUGCGAAUUAUCGUGCUUCCAAAUGAGCUAUUCUAUUUUAAGGUCGAUUUCUCGUCACGACCGGUCGACCCGAUUUUCAAAGAGGCCAGAGAGGAGUUGGCACGCAACCGCGACUUUCGUCAAGAUCACAAUCGCUCCUCUCCAAAGAGACCUCCACUCCCAGGCCAAGCUCUCGGCCCUGCGAAUUCUGCGCCCGCCGCUGGCGUCUCCACUUCCACUCCAUCACCAUGUCAACGUACGGAUUUUAUCUGCCGUCUGACUAAGAUGCUCGAACAAACUUCAGAGAUCACUUUUUUAUUUUCAGCGGUCGUCGGCUCGCCUGGUUCGACCAAGUCCGAGUCUCCGUCGACUCGCGGAUUCGCUCCCAUUGCGCAGAAUCCUUUGGGAAUCAACCGUGCUGUUGGUUUUAUAUACUAACACGAAAUUUGAAAAGUAUUCGGGAAAUUUUCUGAAACUUUCAACUACUUUGACGUCAUUCAAAAAAGUGGAAAAAGUUUUGAAGUGUAAAUGUAGAAACGAGAUAGCUAACUCAAAAAAAUUACUAAAAACUUGAAAACAAGCUUUUUUGAAUUCAGAUGAUCGAUGCUACGACUCCAACCAAGCGUCCGAAUCCGGAUUCGUCUUCAUCGACUCCUGUCCGCGUUGAAGACGACGAAGAUGAGGCUUCAUCUCAGAAAAAGCUCAAAAUCGACGAAUGA